AUGGCAGCUUUGUGUACUCUGGGAAACAAAAAGCGCCUUAUCGACAAUAUCUGCGUCGCGCGAAAUGAGAAAGUCGGUGUUUAUGGAUUCGUUUUCUUCCGAGAUGGCGAAUGGCAACAAUGUAUUGUAGAUGACAAGCUGUAUCUGCGUGCUGCAGAUUACGAUGAAUCAUUAGACGAGCGACAGGUCUGGGACGAUAUCAUCCGUAGGGACACCGAAGAGGAAUACCGGAAAGCCUUUCAGACUGGAUCGAGAGCCCUGUAUUUUGCUCAGUGUGCGGAUGAGAACGAAAUAUGGCUGCCACUACUGGAGAAGGCUUUUGCAAAGGCACACGGAGACUAUUGUGCUAUUGAAGGUGGAUUUGUGGGAGAAGCCAUUGAAGACCUUACCGGUGGUGUCACCGUAGAUAUAUUGUCCAGUAGUAUUCUGGACAAAGACCGCUUUUGGAAAGAGGAACUUAUGAAAGUUAACCAGGACUUCCUUUUCGGUUGUGGCACUGGUUUCUGGUCCAAUUGGUUGUGUCCAAAGUACCAAGGUCGUCCUAGGGACAGAAAGGGUAUAUUCGAGAAUCACUCGUACUCUAUCAUGGAGGCCCGAGAAAUUGAUGGCCAUCGUUUGCUUCGAUUGCGGAAUCCCUGGGGCAAGAAAGAGUGGAGCGGAGCAUGGAGUGAUGGUUCUGAACAGUGGACUCCGGAAUGGAUGGAGAGGUUAGGACACAAAUUCGGUAAUGACGGGGUCUUCUGGAUUUCUUAUGAGGACCUGCUUAAAAAGUACCAGCAUUUCGAGCGAACACGCCUGUUUGGGCGUGAGUGGGCAGUAACUCAACAAUGGACUACGCUUAAUGUCCCGUGGUCUGCAGAUUAUCACAGUACCAAAUUCAUGAUUACUGUGAGAAAAGAAAGUCCCGUGGCGAUUGUCCUCUCGCAGCUCGAUUCACGUCACUUCAAAGGAUUAGCAGGCGAGUACGACUUCGCUCUCAAGUUCAGGGUACAGAAGGAUGGCGAGGAAGAUUACCUUGUCCGCAGUCAGAGCAGCCAUCUAUUGAAACGUUCCGCCAACGCAGAGAUUACUCUCAAGCCAGGUCGUUAUUGUGUCCUCAUGAAUAUCACAGCGUACCGAAACCCCGAUGUGGAAUCAACAGAGGAGGCCGUUAGUCGCUUAGCUUCAACAAGGCGCGAGAAAUUGGUUCAGAUCGGGCUGUCGUAUGAUCUGGCACACGCCAAGGGUCGUGUUGUCGAGACGGAAAGAGAGAAGAAAGCCCGCGAGGAGUAUGAGAUGCGCCGCAGAGCGCUUGAUAGAAAAAAGCGACGCGAAGAAACGAAAAAGAAGUUGCAAAAAGAGUGGAUUCGAGAACGGAAGAUGGCAGCUCGGAAAAAGAGGGCAACAGAGAGACUUACUGGUCGAAAGGACAGCUUCUCCUGUAAUGAAUCCCUGGGAAAUGGUGUACUUAGAAAGGGAUCGCCCGAGGACUCCACAGUCAACAGUCUGGCUACAUCCGGAAUCAACGGCACCACUCCCACCGUUCAGCUAAACGGUUACAAUAAGCUAAAGCGCAAGAGAGACUCGAGGCAUCUUAGCAUUGACACAAAUUUCACGGCAGAUGACUUUGACAGCAGUGAUCUGGAACUGCUAGACGGAUUUGAGUUCGACUCUGAUAUCGACCUGCCCGAGAAACCUGAACCUGUGAAACAAGCGCAUCGAGAGCUCUCAGUCUACUCCCCACAUGAGUCUAUCAGUGGCCAUUGGAAUGCAGUGUGCGUUGUAGGUCUGCGAGUCUAUUCUAAGGAUCCGAAGUUGAGCCUGGAAGUCGUUCGUCCUGUGCCGGAAGAUGAUGUGGAAGCGGCAUUGGAUAUGGAUGACCCUGCGGUAUCUGCUACAAAUGAGAGAGGCGGAUGGGAUCAAUUCUCUUUUUAA